CUCGAUCCCAACCUUGGCCCCCCUGCAGACUAUCUCUGCUGUCCAUUGAGAGUAAAAGCUGGGCCAUCCCCCCAGCGCCCGCCUGUGCCGUGGAGCUCCCCCUUGCUGCGUGCAUCGUGAUCUCGUGGAUGCAGAGUCUUGCAGAGAGAACGCAGGGUCACCUUCUGUUGUACUGCAAGGGGAAAAUACGGUCCGAUUCGCAGCAGACACUACGGGGCAGGAACAGAAGCAGCAUCUCUGGUGAUCUCCUGCAGGGGACCGGCAGCUCUCUUUAAAGUUUAUGGAAACCUGACCUCCCAUUGGCGGAGAAGUGCAUGAGGAACCCAGCUCUCCUGCUGAGGACAGGUUUAGUCAUUAGAGAACUUUGCCACAUCCAGGAAAAUGUCUGGCUCCUACGAUGAAUCUGCAGGCGCUGACGACACCAUGGACAGCUUCUGGGAGGUGGGGAACUACAAACGUGCUGUCAAAAGAUUUGAUGAUGGCCAUCGGCUCUGCAAUGAUCUUAUGGGUUGCCUGCAAGAACGUGCCAAGAUAGAAAAAGCUUAUGGUGAUCAGCUAACUGCCUGGUCCAAGCGAUGGAGACAAUUAAUUGAAAAAGGUCCACAGUACGGCUCUGUGGAGAGAGCCUGGCUUGCGGUUAUGACAGAGGCAGAGAAAGUGAGUGAACUGCACCAAGACGUGAAAAACAACCUGCUGAAUGAAGAUGUUGAGAAAGUGAAGAACUGGCAGAAGGAGGCAUAUCAUAAGCAAAUGAUUGGAGGCUUCAAGGAGGCCAAGGAGGCAGAGGAAGGCUUUAAAAAGGCUCAGAAACCAUGGGCCAAAAAGCUCAAAGAGAUGGAGGCAGCUAAGAAAACGUACCAUAUGGCCUGCAAGGAGGAGAGGAUGGCUGCAGCCCGAGAGGCCAAUGGCAAGACGGAGGCUUCUGUCACACCAGACCAGCAGAAGAAACUUCAUGAGAAAGUGGAUAAAUGCAAACAGGACAUGCAAAAAGCUAAGGAGAAGUAUGAGAAGUCUUUGGAGGAGCUUAGCAAAUGUACUCCUCAGUACAUGGAGUGCAUGGAGCAGGUGUUUGACCAGUGCCAGCAGCAUGAAGUCAAGAGACUAACUUUCCUCAAGGAGGCCUUGUUGGACAUAAAACGCCAUCUUAACCUCACUGAGAACCAAAGCUAUGUCACAAUAUACAGAGAACUGGAGCGUACGAUUCAGGCCAUAAGCACACAAGAAGACCUGAGGUGGUUCAGCAAUAAUCAUGGCCCAGGGAUGCCCAUGAACUGGCCAGCAUUUGAGGAGUACAACCCAGACCAAGCAGCUGCUCCUCCAAAGAAGAAGAAACCAGAUGGAGCCCCACCCACUCCAAGCACUGACCAUGUGGCUCCCCCUGGUGACCGGAGCAGCGUGAGCAGCUAUGACAAGAACCAAGCUUAUUCGGCCGAGUGGUCCGACGACGAGCAGCCCACUGCAUACUCCGGCAACGAAAACGGUGGAAACAGAAAUUCGUUUGAAGACGAUUCCAGCACUGGGAAAGGCGUCCGUGUUCGCGCCCUUUAUGACUAUGAUGGCCAGGAGCAGGAUGAGCUCACCUUCAAAGCAGGUGACGAAUUCACCAAGACAGAGGAUGAAGAUGAGCAAGGCUGGUGUAGAGGUCGUUUGGACAGUGGCCAGGAGGGAUUGUACCCGGCCAAUUACGUGGAGCCAAUCUAGUCACAUGAGCGGACAGAGACAUGCCGCUGGAGGCAGCUUGAACUGUCCCGUCCAACUGCACCGCACAUAGCCAGAGACUUAAGAGCAACACAUCCUUUGCCCAACAGAUGCGCCAAGCUGUCUUGCCUAACUAAAACUUAGUAACCUAAAAAGACACUAUAUCAGUAUAGUAUAUUUUAUCCAGCAUUUGAGGCGGGCGAAGUUACACAUUCAAAAAACAGCAGUUGUGCUAUUGUAGACACACUCAACAAAAACAUGAAGACAGUGCAGGAACACAUUGCUUCUCUGUGUGGCUGUGUUUAAUAUACAAUGCAGCUUAUUAUUAACUCACAGUGUACUGCAGUGUGUUUUCCUGAAGGGAAGAUAUUAUAAUGUUUUACUCAUUUAACAAAGAUGAGCUUCUCUAACCUGCAUUGUGUAUAUACGGUGUGAUGCCAUUUUGUGUAGCAUUUUUAAUGCUGUGUAUGUCAUUCUUACAACAGGAAUGCUGUGUAGUGUUAACAGUACCACAAACAGUAUCCUUUUUGUUUCCUUUUUCUUUUGAAUCCUGUCCAGCCUCCGUUCCAGUGUGUGCAGUGCUAUGUGUUUCAAACUGUUUCUGAACAUUGCAUAGCAGCAUGUGCUAUGCAAAGAGUUACAUUCCCCAAGUCCCUGCAGCCUCGCUACGGCUACAUUCUGAUGCAACACUUCAACUACAAGUGCAGCAUUACAUGCUUCUGGACAUGCAUGUGCUCCCGGGUUCACAAGAGAAGGCUUCUCGAUGAACUGACCUCACAUUUGCUUUGUUUUCGACCUUUUCGUUUUUGUCACGUAAAUCCUUUGACCGCACCAUCCUCAUGCAAAUCCAUGGAAAGGAUUUACAGUUCUUGCAGAAGCUUCCAUCCGUGCUUCAGCAAAUCAGGGUUCACUUUAAUCAAACUGUGCUAACGAGACAUACAAGCAUUACUUCAGAGCAAAGUUGGAUCUACUCAUCUUGAGCUUGAGACCGCAUUAUAGGAAGGAUGUCUUGAACAAUACAUGUGCCUGGGACUCUUUUCCAGAGCAAGGGCGUGUGAAUGCAUGUCAGUGGAUAACUGUGCAACAGUGGUUUGUCUAAAGAUUGACCCCUUUCCAACAGGACAUGAAUGUACUUGUGAUGGGGCUUUAAAGAGGGCAAGAUGUCAAAAUAUUUUACUGGCAUAAAGCAGAAGUUUUGUGGCCCUUCCCCAACUGAGCCAAAGAAUGAUCCAUCACUUACCACUCCAUAAUCUAAUUACACAUCUCAUAAAAUGGAUUCACUAAAUUAGUUUUUGCUUCCAUGCCCAACCGGAUUCCCUUUUGUCUGCAAAAUCUGCUCGGUAAGCCAGUAACAUGUCAUGCAAGCUAACCGCUGACUCAGUGGAGCACAUGGUUGCUUUUAAUCUUUAUUUUACUGUUGAGGAAUUACAGGGCCUAGUUAAAGUAUUCGUAUCACUUGAACUUUUAUUCAUGAUUUGACCAGAUGCUUCCACAUAUUUUGUGAAGUAAAACCAACAUCAAAGAGUUCAGAAGAAGAAAAAGAAGGCAAUUUGGGAAAAGAAAGAAGGACAAAUAAGAAUUGAGGUACGCAUGUGCAUGUUGUGCAAACAUUCUAUUCUCCCCCCAGAGACAGUUUAAAGCAUCAAAUUUGCCUGGAAUUACAGGUACAUGUUUUUGGGAGCAUUUCUUCUCCAGCUUUGCACAUGUUGUGGCAUUUGCAAAUUUUUUUUGCCUAUUCCUCUUUGCAAAGUAGCAAGAAAUAAUGAUAUUUAAACUUUGCCAUAGAUUCUCAAUUGAAUUUAGGUCUGAAAUCUGAUUAUGCCAUUCUAACAUUUCAAUACACAUAUAUGCAGCUGUAAAUAUAGUGCUAUACUACUGGAAGGUGAACUACCACCCUACUUUCAAGUCUUCUGCAGCCUUUGAAGGGCUUUCUGCCCAGUUUUCUCUUGUAUUUAUUUCAGAUCACUCCUUCUUCUUUGCUCUUGCUGAAGAAAAUCAGGAGCAGAAUAGAUGUGGAGUGUUCUGAAGAUCAAUUCUGGUCUCAUCUGACCAAAGCAGAGGACUAAAUACUGAUGCGUUACAUUGUUUGUGGUUGAACAUGUUCAAGGGGUAUGAAUACUUAUGCAAGGAACAGCAUUUUGUCGUAUUUUUUUAUAAUUACUUUUAUUACUAUGAUUACAUUUAUCAAAUGCUGAUUAGUAGCUUGUGUACUUCCAGGUUGCACCUACAACUCAGUUUAGAUGAAGUGUUUUUGAGACAUAGUGAUAAAAAAUUACACAUUACCAGCAGUGACUGGAUGUGUUCAGCUCUGGAUUUGGGAAGGUCUCACACACAAGGACAAAACACAUCACCAGCUCACAAGGUGCGUCUUAGAGUGCAAGCGUGUCCAGCAGGAUAAAAAUGACCCCUGUUGUUAAACUCUCCCACUUUCUCAGUGCUUACAUGCAAUACACAAACGUGCAGCGACACAGGUGUUAGUUAGACUGACAAUAUACACAUUAUCUGCAAGUUCAAACUCCUUAUCUAUAAUUCCAGGUGAAUACUUUGGGGUAAAACAUCCGUAUCAUCCAGUGUGUAUGAGUCGUGUAAAUGUUAUACAAAGUGGUAACAAAACAAGCAAAAAAAAAAAAUGCAAAAAAAAUAAAAUAAAUAAAAAAAUGCAAGUGAUUGACUAUUAAGACAAAAUGUAGUUAUACAUGUAAAUGUGUUUCAUUAAAUGACAGCAAAGGAAAACGUGUUAAGUAAUAGGUACCAUAUCGUAUGAAUUUUAUUGCAAUGAAACUGUCAGUGUAUCAUAAAAGCGUGAUGUUAUCCCACGCUGUCAGAUUUGUACAUGAUGAUGUAAUUUAAAGAUUAUAUUCUAUUGUAACUGUACAACUGUGUUGAGUUGAAAAUGAGACCUAACUAUGUUGAGACAGUAAAAAAGGUGUACAUGUAAAUGCUUUUUUUUCAUGUUGAUCUUUUUCCCUUAUGCACAAAGGGGGCUGCAGCUCACAAUGUGAAAAACCCCAUAUUAGCAGUCUAGAAGAUGUAUGUUCAUAGUUAGUGAUGUACUUUUAUCUCCUAACUGGUGUAGUGCCUGUUCAUCUUGAUGUAACAAGAAGUUCAUUUAAAUAUGCAUAAAAGUGAUUAUGAUCACAAAUAAUAAUGACUAUAGUGAUAAAAACAAGAAAAAAAAAUCCAAUCAAAUUUGCUGUGAUGGUGUCAAUAUUGAGAUAUUGAUUUGGAAGGGAAAGAAGUUUGUUGAAAAAAAAAAGCCUGUUCCGUC